GGGGUUUCGUGCCAUUUGUUUUCAGAUGACGUUGAUGAGCUUGGCAAUUGGGGUUCUUCACUCCCAAGCACAGAACUCUCCAGAAGACUAUCUGAGGGUGCACAAUGCAGCCAGAGCGCAGGUGGGCGUCGGGCCGAUGAGAUGGGACAAAACGGUCGAGGCCAAUGCCAAAAACUACACCCAUAAGAGGCUGGGAGACUGCAGCGAUCUAACUCCACAGUAUCUUACUAUAUAUGGGGAGAACCUUGCCAACGGGCCUGGCUCCUUCUCCGGCGAAGACGCCGUAAACAAGUGGGUGGCGCAGAAGCCCAUCUAUGACUAUAACACCAACAACUGUUCCAAUGGUCUGAACUGUCGUGGUUACACUCAAGUGGUUUGGCGUAGCUCGACUAAGCUUGGAUGUGCCAGGGCUAAGUGCAAGAAUGUGAAUUGGUGGUUUGUCACCUGCAACUACUAUUACCCGGGCAAUUACCCUGACCAGCGCCCCUACUAAUUAAAUUAAAGACUCUUAUAAUAUAUAUAUAUAUAUACAUACAAGUUUAUGGUGAUUAAAUAAAAUAUUGCUCUUGAUU